AUUAUUUAAUUAUUUUAUUUUAUUUUAGCUGCAACCGGUGCAGGUGUACAAGAAUUAUUCGAUAGUUUAUUUUCGUCAUUGAUUGAUACAAAUGAAAAUGGUGGUAUUCCACCAACUAAUAAUUUACCAAAUAUAAAUUUUACUAUUGAACAAGUCGAAGCAAUUAAUCGUUUACGAAAUAAUAAAGACAAUUUUGAACGAUUAGGUUUAAGACAUAAUUGUUCAAAAGAAGAUGUUUUAGCAGCUUAUAAACGGUUAGCUAAAUUAUUACAUCCAGAUAAAAGUGAUGCACCUGGAAGUGAAGAUGCAUUUAAGUUAUUACUUAAUGCUAAAACAGAAUUAUUAAAUCGAUUUGACAAAUAA